AUAGAUGUGCGUGAAAGAGGCGCAACUAUAAGAGAAGCUGAUAUGAAACUCUUCAUCACAUCUCCCUCAAACUUAUUUCUCUCUUUAAUUGGUUAAAUCUCCACACCCACUUCGUGUUUUCUUGAUUCGUUUCCUGGGUUUCUCAAAAAUCUAACCUUAUAAUUGGAAAAAUUCUGGUGUCACUGCUCUGGGAAAAAAAUGGAUUUGGAGUUUGCAGUUAAUGGGGAACGAUUCAAGAUUGAUUCUGUUGAUCCAUCAACGACCUUACUUGAGUUCUUGCGAUUGAACACUCCUUUCAAGAGUGUCAAGCUCGGCUGUGGCGAAGGAGGGUGUGGUGCUUGUCUUGUAGUGUUAUCUAAAUAUGAUCCAGAGUUAGAUCAAGUGAAGGAAUGUUGUAUAAACUCUUGUCUCACUCUUCUCUGUAGUGUAAAUGGAUGUUCCAUUACUACAUCUGAAGGUCUUGGAAACACGAAGAAAGGAUUUCAUCCGAUUCAUAAGCGGUUCGCGGGUUUUCACGCCUCUCAAUGCGGGUUUUGUACACCAGGGAUGUGUAUUUCUCUCUACUCAUCUCUUGCAAAUGCUGAGAAUAACAGCUCUAAAGAUUUUACGGUUUCUGAAGCUGAGAAAUCUGUUUCGGGUAAUCUUUGUCGAUGUACUGGUUAUCGUCCCAUUGUCGAUGCUUGUAAGAGUUUUGCUUCUGAUGUUGAUAUUGAGGACUUAGGGUUAAAUUCCUUUUGGAAAAAAGGAGAAAGCAAAGAGGUUAUGUUUAAGAAUUUGCCUCCUUAUAACCCCAAAGACCAUCUUGUAACAUUCCCUGAGUUCUUGAAGAAGAAAGAGAAGGUUGAUAAUGGUUCGGAUCAUUUGAAGUAUCGUUGGACCACUCCUUUUAGUGUGGCUGAGCUUCAUAACAUAAUGGAAGCAGCUAACUCUGGAGACUCGUUGAAGUUAGUUGUAGGCAACACGGGUACAGGUUACUAUAAAGACGAGGAACGGUUUGAUAGAUAUAUUGAUAUCAGUAACAUUCCGGAGAUGUCAAUGAUCAAGAAAGAUGAGAAAGGAAUUGAAAUAGGAGCAGCUGUUACUAUAUCGAAUGCUAUUGAUGCUUUGGAGAAGGAAAGCAAAUCUUCUUAUGUUUUCAAGAAAAUGGCCACUCAUAUGGAGAAAAUUGGCAACCGUUCUAUCCGAAACUCGGGUAGUAUUGGUGGUAAUCUAGUGAUGGCACAGAGCAGAAAGUUUCCUUCUGAUGUUACCACUUUGUUGCUCGCUGUAGAUGCCUCGGUGUAUAUGUUAAAUGGUAGGAAAACCGAGAAGGUUACGCUACAGGAGUUUCUUGAAUUGUCUCCGGUGUUAGACUCCAAACGCGUUCUUUUAAAGGUUGAGAUUCCAUCAUGGACUGCUCCUUCUGGUGAUGACACUGAAUUUCUCUUUGAAAGCUAUCGAGCCGCACCUCGUUCUAUUGGAAAUGCAUUGCCUUACUUGAACGCUGCUUUCUUGGCGCUAGUGUCUCGCCAAGAAGCAUCAAGAAAAGGUGUAACGGUAGAAAAAUGCUUCCUGGCAUUUGGUUCUUAUGGCGGGGAUCAUUCGAUCAGGGCGAUAGAAGUGGAGACUUUCUUGACAGGUAAAUUACUUAGCUACAGUGUUCUAUAUGAAGCUGUUGGUUUACUUAAAGGAAUCAUAGUCCCUGGCAAAGACACCUUGCACUCGGAAUAUAGAAAAAGCUUGGCUGUUGGAUAUCUUUUUGAGUUUUUUUACCCACUGAUCGAGAGUGGCCAUAGAAUAUGUAGUCUUGAUUCAGGGAAUAAGCAUAACAACAGCCAUGUUGAUACCGUAAAAUCUCUUCCCUUCCUCUCAUCUUCACAGCAAGUAUUAGAGAGCAAUGAAUUUAAACCUAUUGGUGAAGCAGUUAUCAAAGUUGGAGCUGCCUUACAAGCUUCUGGUGAGGCGGUUUUUGUUGAUGAUAUACCGACUUUACCAGACUGUCUUCAUGGAGCAUUCAUUUAUAGCACAGAGCCUUUGGCUAAGAUAAAAAGCUUAAGCUUCAGAGAGAAUGUAACUCCUACUGGAGUUUUUGCUGUUCUUACUUUCAAGGAUAUUCCACAACAAGGACAAAACAUUGGUUCCAAGACCCUUUUUGGACCAGGACCUUUAUUUGCAGAUGAACUAACUCGAUGUGCAGGUCAAAGAAUUGCUCUUGUGGUUGCAGACACACAGAAACAUGCAGACAUGGCUGCAAAACUUGCAGUAGUUGAGUAUGAUACAAAGAAUUUAGAACAACCGAUAUUAACUGUCGAAGAUGCAGUUAAAAGAUCUAGCUUUUUCGAGGUUCAUCCGAUGUUUUACCCCGAACCAGUAGGUGAUGUUAUAAAAGGAAUGGAAGAAGCUGAGCGAAAGAUAAUCUCCUCUGAGUUGAGGCUAGGGUCACAGUACUUCUUCUAUAUGGAGCCACAAACAGCACUUGCCUUGCCAGACGAAGACAAUUGUGUCAAGGUAUUUAGUUCAUCUCAAGCACCUGAGUACGUACAUUCGGUUAUUGCUACAUGUCUUGGCAUUCAAGAGCAUAACGUGAGAGUCAUCACUAGAAGAGUUGGUGGUGGCUUUGGUGGUAAAGCUGUAAAGUCAAUGCCUGUUGCAACCGCAUGCGCACUAGGCGCAUACAAGUUGCAACGUCCUGUUAAGAUGUUUUUGAACCGCAAGACGGAUAUGAUAAUGGCUGGAGGAAGACAUCCGAUGAAGAUAAAUUACAAUGUGGGAUUUAGAUCAGAUGGGAAGCUCACAGCACUGGAGCUUACAAUGCUUAUAGAUGCAGGGCUUGAGCCAGACGUAAGUCCAAUCAUGCCGCGGAAUAUAAUGGGUCCGCUGAGGAAGUAUGACUGGGGAGCUUUGUCAUUUGAUGUAAAAGUGUGUAAGACGAAUUGUCUGAGUAGAACAGCGAUGAGAGCUCCCGGGGAAGUUCAAGGUUCUUACAUAGCGGAAUCCAUUAUCGAGAAUGUAGCUUCUUCUCUUCAAAUGGAUGUUGAUGCAGUGAGAAAAAUAAACCUUCAUACUUAUGAUAGCCUUAGAAAAUUCUACAAUCACAUUGCUGGUGAUCCUGAUGAAUAUACACUGCCUUUAUUAUGGGAGAAACUUGAGAUAUCUUCAAAGUUCAAGGAAAGAUCUGAGAUGGUGAAGGAGUUUAAUCUUUGUAAUGUAUGGCGAAAGAGAGGGAUUUCUCGAGUACCUAUAGUCCAUCAAGUUAUGCAGAGACCGACCCCGGGGAAAGUAAGCAUACUGAGUGAUGGUUCUGUUGUAGUUGAGGUUGGAGGAAUUGAGAUAGGGCAAGGAUUGUGGACUAAAGUACAACAGAUGGUUGCUUAUGGUCUCGGUAUGGUUAAAUGCGAAGGAAACGAAAAGCUCUUGGAUAGAAUACGUGUAGUUCAGUCCGAUACACUAGGUAUGAUCCAAGGAGGUUUCACUGCUGGUAGCACGACAUCCGAGAGCAGUUGUGAAGCCGUUAGGCUUUGCUGUGUUAUCUUGGUGGAGAGAUUGAAACCUAUAAUGGAUCAGAUGAUGAUGGAGAAGUCAGGUUCCGUGACAUGGAACAUACUCAUUCAACAAGCGUAUGGUCAGUAUAUUAAUUUAUCGGCGAGUACAUUGUAUAAGCCAGAGUAUUCUUCCAUGGAAUAUCUCAACUAUGGAGUUGGAGUCAGCGAGGUGGAAGUGGACCUUGUGACAGGAAAAACCGAGAUUUUAAGAUCCGAUAUUAUUUAUGACUGUGGAAAGAGUCUUAAUCCUGCAGUUGAUUUAGGACAGACCGAAGGAGCAUUUGUUCAAGGCAUCGGGUUUUUCAUGAUGGAAGAGUACACUACUGAUGAGAAGGGGCUUGUGGUGCAACAAGGCACUUGGGACUACAAAAUACCGACUGUGGACACAAUCCCAAAACACUUCAACGUUGAGAUUGUCAACACUGGUCAUCAUAAAAACCGCGUUCUCUCCUCCAAAGCGUCGGGUGAGCCGCCAUUGCUUUUAGCAGCUUCUGUUCAUUGUGCAACAAGAUCAGCCAUUAGGGAAGCUCGGAAACAUUCCCUUUCAUCGAACUUCAUUGAUGGGUCUGAUUCGGAAUUUGAGUUACCUGUUCCAGCGACUAUGCCUGUGGUGAAGUCUCUUUGCGGAUUGUAUAGUGUAGAGAAAUACUUACAAGGAAAGAUCAAAGGACAAUAAAGGCAAAGCAAACCCAGAGGAAGAGGUAUUGGUAGAUGUAGCCAAGACAGUACCAACCUUGACCUCCGAGAUUUCUUUCUCACCUUGGGUCAUUAGUUUUCCAAGCUGAGAGUGUGUAAAUAACAGAGUUAGUAGGUGUUUUACUAUAUAAACCAUUACACGGGACUACCCUGAAACAUAAGGACUACCGUGUCCAAUUUUCUGUUAACGAGAGCAUCAGCCAUUCUACUGUCAGAAUAUUCACAGCUUCCACAAUCAUCCUUGCUCGGACUACGGUCAACAUAUUUGUCGCCAGCAUAAUCCCAAACACGCUUUGUUUCAAGCUCAAGUAAAUAGCGAUGCCCUUUCUCCUCCCAAUGCCUUCUGGCACGUCCUUCCUUGUACCUACGAUAAUUACAAAGCAAAACUGGUUAACCUUUAACAGACGAGACGGAAACAUGUCUCCAUGCUGAUUACAAGAGAGUGCAAUCCAUACCUCCAGCAGGCAAAAACCCCGCCCAGAGAUUUCCCGCUGCUUGGCUAUAUCGGCAAUCCUGAGAACAAAAACAACACCCCAUAGAUACAUGAAAAAAACUGCACAAGAUCAAAACAACAAGAAAAUGCUAAAAGAAGCUUACUGGACAAGAAGAAUCUGGCCAAUUGGAAAGACAUGAACCAUUGAAGCAUUGAUUGCGCAUGGUUGUAAGAAUGCCACCAGUGUCUUGGUCUAAUCAUUCUGAAACAGGAGCAUAUAGAAACACAAGGUUUAGAAUAUAUCGUAGCCAAAUACAUGACACUAGAGAUACUGUCAGUUAUAGUACUAAUACCUAUACCGUAGGAAGAUUCCUUAUCCUGAUAGAAAUCAUUUUGUUUUGUUUAUUUACAUGUUAUAGCCAUUAACCAGAACUCAAUAUCAGGAUUACUAUCAUAAGUUAAAAGUUAACACCACUGGAAUCUGGAUAUCAUAAAUUUUCAUGGAAUU